AUGUCGUCUCCAUCGGCCUUGCCGGAUCCUUCGCUACCGGCUCCACCCCUGGCAGAGCAAGAUGAAGGAUUCACAGCCGAGCAGCUGAUCCAGCGGCAGGCGCAGCUGGAGCGCGAGGCGAGAGAGGCGGUGCCGUUCAGCUUCACAAAGGGCGGCUGCACCUACGAAAAGGGCUACAUUCGACAGCCCGUCUACGCCUGUCGCACCUGCGGAGGUGGUGGCGUCUGUGCAGGCUGCAGCGUGGGUUGCCAUGCUGACCACGACCUCGUCGAGCUCUUUGCCAAGCGUAACUUCCGAUGUGACUGCGGUACGCUGUCGAUACAACGAGGAAGUGCGGGAGGACAGAACAAGCAAAAACCAUCGCCGUGCAACCUGAGACCCUCGCCACUGUCAUUUGCACCCGAAAACGACGACAACGUGUACACGGCCAACUUUGAGGGCAGAUUCUGCUACUGCAAGCGCGGAGAGUCAUAUAACCCAGAGACGGAGGAGGAGACGAUGUUCCAGUGCCUUGUGUGCGAGGAUUGGCUCCACGAGUCCUGCACCUCGCUGCGUCCGACACUGAGUCGUCCUGGAGACGGCAGGGAAGAUCAGGCAGCUGAUGGCCCUCUGCUCGACCACGACUCGUUUGAUCUCUUCAUUUGCGACACUUGUGUGCGCAAGCCGGAAUGCACUGUCCUGCGCGACUACAUCGGUGCUCGCGGCUGGGCAGUCUGCCUGCCGACGAACGCAAACGAGCUGCCCAAAGAGUGGGAUGGUCUUCCGGCAAGGGAUGUUGUCGCCGCUGUCGCGGGCUGGGAAAUGCCCUACCGCAUCAUGGGGCUCAACGAUGGCAAUGCGAGCGUGCCUGAUACCUCCAGCAUGGGCGAUGCCGCCGAGGGCGAGAGUGCUUCCAAGCCUGAUCGUAUGGGCGAUCAUGCCGAAGCUGCCACGGGUUCAAAGAGGCCUGCAAUCUCAGAGGAUGAAGAUCUUUUAGCAAGCAAAAGGGCCAGAUUGGGAGACUGCAUACGGCCGGAGGGACUCAAGAAUCUUCAAGGCAGGCUUGACGUCUUUCUCGAGGAGCAAUUCCGCGCAAGAAUCUGCCGAUGCUCAGAGUGUCUGCCCAAGUUUGCUGCCAUUCCAUUUGUCCUCGAGGCCGAAGACACGUACAAUCCGCCCCAGUCACAGGCCGUCUCCGAGAUUGGCGACCAUGAGAGUGAGGGAGGGGCCUCGCAGACCUCGUCGACGUACGACCUCGGCCUCGCAGCUCUGAAUCGUCUUCCACGCGAGCAGAUGAUCAACUCGCUCGAGGCUUAUAAUCAUCUCCGAGACGCCCUCUUUCAGCAUCUCCGGCCCUUUGCCGCCGAAGGCAGGGUCGUCGACGAGGAAAGUGUCCGGGACUUCUUCCGGAAGCAGAGGGAAGGCAAGUGAAGGCCGAACAUCCCUCUUUGCAGGUGUACUUCUUGUAUCAUAUUACUGUACAGUAACAUUAUUCAUUU